AACAUUGACGACGAAAAUCAUUCCAGCAAUUAUUAAUAUAAGAGAGGAAGAGCGAAAGAGAGAGAAAGGGAGAGUAAACAAGAGUGAUGAUUACCUAACGGGCUAUCGCUUGUAGUUUAAUACUUGAUAUACAAAAAUUACCUACAACAUGGAUUUAAGAGAUUUACCGGUUGAAAUAUUUUACUGGAAGUCAGCUGCUAGCAAGAGUCUAGAGCGGAACCGGAUUUCGGAUAGAGUCAAGUUUGUAACGUUAAGGCAAACACGUUGCCAUGCCCUAAAAACAAAGCCAACCACAACAGGUGAUGUAUUAGCAACAACAGAAUCAACAACAAUAUCAAAAAAGCUAGCAUCAACAGCAUGUGGCAAUAUUUGUGUCAUAUGCCGACAAGUGCUAGCAACAACAGAAUGUUGCUGCAUUCAGCAGACAGCAACACGCAGCAGUUCCUAUCCAAGCAGCAGCAGCAGCAGCCAGUGCAAAUUCAGAAACAGUCACAGUAACAGUAACAGUAACAAUAGCAGUAUAAGUAGUAUCAGUAGCAGUAACAGCAACGCAUCAUCUACAACAUUCCCCAGCAAGCUGGAGGUUUCGAAACAUUGCAGCUGUCUGCAAGUUCAAGAAAGGCAACGUCGUCAACAUCAUCAGCAACUUGUUGAGAGAGCAAUUUGCUGUACAACGAGCAAGAGACGUAGUGGUAGAGGCGGAUUAGAAAAUAGUGGUAGCAAUAGCAUAAAUGACCAUAACCAAAAACAAACAGCACUAGCAUUCAAUUGCCAGUGCAGCAUUAACAACACCAGCAACAUCUGCAACACCUGCAACACCUGCAACAUCUACAACAACAACGACAAGAACUUCAGAAACAGCAAUAUUAACAGCCACGUUCACAAAAAGAAUCGAUAUUUAAAAGUUUACAGCGAUUGCCUAAGUCUUCUGGUCACACUGCAAUUGUUUCUGUUUGUUCAACAACGAAUGCUGUUGCGACAUUGUUGCAUUUUCUUCAAAAGACGACGGAGACAUCAAUUGCAAUCAACACGGGAACCGCAGCAAGGACAGCCACAGGCAUUCAGGCGAGAAUAUCGCAAAUUCCCAUAUUAUCAGCUGCAGCAGCAUCCGAUAAAGCGUCAUCAAAGUAUUGCAUUCGCAAUACUCGCGCUGUUAGCAUUGCAAGCGACAACAGCGACUGCCAUGCUUCCGCCGCCGGCUUUACAGCAGGAUCAGCAGCAGUUAACAGCGAGGCGAAGCUUCGAGGACAGCUUGGUGUCUUUUACAGGGUCGACGCGUAACACCAAUGGCUUCGGCACUAACAGUAACGUAAUAAACAGGAAUAGUAACAGCAAUGUGCGACUGGCGCGUAAGGAAAUGCCCUGUAAGUCGAUGGACAUACGUAACAAUAUUUCGGAGCUGAAGCAGCUUGCUAACUGUACGAUCAUUGAGGGUUUUCUGCUUAUAACACUGAUCAACGAUGCGGAUAAAUUGAACACGACUUAUCCCCUGCUCACCGAGGUCACAGGCUAUAUAUUAGUUUUUCGUGUGCAAAAUCUGAUUUCUUUAUCGCAAAUCUUUCCCAAUUUGAGUGUGAUACGGGGAAAUAUACUAUUCGAAAGUUAUGCCUUGGUGGUGUACCAGAAUCGGGAUCUACUGGAUAUUGGAUUGUCUAAUCUGCGUGCGAUUACGAAUGGAGGUGUGCGCAUCGAAAGGAACUUGUACUUGUGUUUCGUAAAGACAGUCAAUUGGCUUAAGAUUGUUUCAAAGAAUGCGACAGAUUCGGAUAUUGUGCUAAAGUUCAAUCGCAAUGAGGCUGAAUGCGCACGCUGCCCUGGCGAGAUCAAUGACGAUGGACAGGAAAACAGUAUGUCGGAUGCUAGCGGAGUGCCCGCCUGUAAGGAGUAUCCCGGUAACAAGCGCUAUUGCUGGAACAGUCGCGCCUGCCAAACAAUUUGUCCCAAGGAGUGCCCCUACAACUGCAUCGACGAGCACACCUGUUGCAACGAAUCCUGUCUGGGCGGGUGUUCAAAUCCUCUGUUGGGCGAUUGCGUUGCCUGUCGCAAUGUUUCUAUUAACGGCGGAAAUUGCAUUGAUCAAUGUCCCGAUGGUUACUUUCUAUACGAGCAACGGUGUAUUACGGCUGAAAUGUGUGAGAAGAUUGGCACCAAAUACGAGAGCAGUAACCAAAUGAAGCUGGUGCACUACAACGGGAAGUGUACGACGCGCUGCGACAAGGGCUACACGAUUAUGAACAACACUUGCCAGAAGUGCAACGGCACUUGUCAGAAGGAAUGCCCGGGCGGCACGAUUGACAGUCUAGUGAAAGCCAAGGAGUAUCACGGAUGCACAGUAAUCGUCAAAGAUGGUCUAACCAUCAGCAUCAAGCGUGGCGGACCUCACAUGGUUGAUGCUCUGGUUUUCGGUCUGGGCAUGGUGCAUACAAUCAACUUAUUUCUGAAGGUCCAUUUGACCUAUGGCCUGACUACGCUGGACUUUUUUAAGAGUUUGCGAGAGAUUAAAGGCGAGAAGCUAAUGGACGAUAUUUAUGCUAUGUACGUGCUGGAGAAUCGAGACUUGGAGACAAUUUGGGCCGAGAAUCAAACAGUCAUUAUUAGGAACGGCAGCAUCUUCUUUCACUUUAAUCCCAAGCUUUGUAUUGAAACUAUCGAAAAGCUCCGACCCAUGCUACCGGGAAAACCAGAGAAAUUCAAUAAAAAUGAGGUUGCCGAGGAUUCAAAUGGCAACAAGGGCACAUGCAACACGAGAUGGCUGAAUGUAAAAAUCAUACAAUUGGGUGCUACGUUCAUUACAAUUGAAAUCGAUCCCGUGAAUUAUGACGAUGAGCGCUCAUUUAUUGGUUAUCAGAGCUACUUCACAUUCGAUCCGUAUGGCAACGUCACUAGGGAUAAUUAUCAACCCUGCUUGGAUAACUGGGUUGUGGGCGAACUAAGCAAGGACAAAAUGCGUUUCAUUGACAAAAUGCAGCCCUAUACAAAAUAUGCACUUUAUAUACGCACCAUGACAAUUUCAUCGGAGAAACGAAACUAUCAGAGUGACAUAAUACGCUUCCAGACGAUGCCCUUGAAGCCAUCGAUUGUCCGCCGGAUAAGUGCGCGCUCUACAGACAGCUCGAAAAUUUUGUUGAGCUGGAAGCCUCCGUUAGAAGUAAAUGGCAAACUAGCGAAGUAUCAGGUACGCGCGGAAAUAAGGCGGCGAGACGCUAAAUUGGAACAGCAUCGUAACUUCUGUCGGGAUCCUUUACCGAAUACUUCAGACGACGAGGAGACUUUCUCAUCGCCUGCAGAGAAAACGAUUAAGGAGUCGCCAGGACCUGACUGCAAAUGCGAUGCGAGCGGUCGGAACGUAUUCGAUCAACAAGUUGUGGAAGCGAAAAUCUUUGAUGAAAUCGAAUUCGAGAAUACGCUCCAGAACUUCCUGUACGUGCCAAAAAAGCGUAAUAAUAGUGAGGUUGCCAACAUCACAACCUUGCCCAGCGACAAUAACAGCCCGAAUGCUGCGAAACACAGGAGCAAGCGCUACAUUGAAAUUGACGAGGAUGCACACGAAAUGAGUAGUGUUCUUAUGCGUCACAUUCGAUCCACGGAAAAUAAUUUGACCAAAUCGGAGAUUGGGGGCGUCAAAGCACAUGCCACCCUCUCAGACUCAAUGUGGAGUAAUGCUACCGUGAUGGAUACGAAUGAAACCUACUACAAAAUCUUUGUUACCGAAGUUGAUGCAAAUACAACAGAAUUUCUUUUUGAGAAAUUGCGACACUUUUCUCUUUACUCAUUGAGUGUGCGCGCCUGCCGCUAUAAAGAGGGCGAGAAUGAUAAUGCAGAGUUGUGUAGCGAUUCCGAACCAUUGGAGAAGAGAACUCAAAAACUAACGCACGUCGACAAAGCAUUUAAUUUAACUGGCGACCUUGUGGAUAACAUGAAUACCACUCGGGGCAAUGUUCGCCUAAGGUGGGAGGAGCCAGAGAACCCCAACGGUGCUAUAGUUUCCUACAUGGUUAUCUUUGAGCGUCAGGAACAGGAUGCCGUCGAGGAAAAACGCUGUGUCACUGUGCAGGACUAUCUUAAUCAGAGCGGCUACAUCGUCACCAAUCUGAACGAAGGCAAAUACAGUUUUCGCAUUAGGGCCAACUCGUUGGCCGGUGAUGGUGAGCUAACGGAUCCUAUCUACGUGAUAGUGCCGCCGCCAAAAUCAUAUACAAUUCUUUGGGUCAUAGGCACAAUUUUAGUGUCUUCGAUAUUCAUAAUAACCGGAUUAAUCAUAUACUUAAAGUUCUUCAGUCCAAAGAGGGGGCAUCCACAGGAUUUGGUCAUGAAUACCGAAGUGAAUCCUUUCUAUGCAAGUCUGCAAUAUGUGCCCGAUGAGUGGGAGGUUUCGCGAGACCGCGUCCUUACGCUAACUGCCUUGGGUCAGGGCUCGUUCGGCAUGGUCUACAGAGGUAUACUUAAGGCACAAAAUAACGGCGAAGAUACGCCAUGUGCGAUCAAGACGGUUACUGAGAAUGCCACGGACCGGGAGCGCACCAAUUUUCUGAGUGAGGCGAGCGUUAUGAAGGAGUUUGACACCUACCAUGUGGUCCGACUGCUGGGUGUAUGCUCCAGUGGCCAGCCGGCGCUUGUCGUCAUGGAGCUGAUGGAAAAGGGUGAUCUGAAGUCGUAUUUGAGAGCCCAUCGACCCGACGAACGAAAGGAUGUCGUGGUACAGCCACCACCUUAUAGCCGUAUAUUUCAGAUGGCCAUCGAGAUAGCCGAUGGCAUGGCUUACCUGGCGGCCAAGAAAUUUGUGCAUCGCGAUCUAGCUGCACGCAAUUGCAUGGUGGCAGCGGAUCUAACCGUGAAGAUAGGUGAUUUUGGCAUGACGCGGGACAUCUACGAGACAGAUUACUAUCGUAAGGGAACCAAAGGCUUAUUGCCAGUACGGUGGAUGCCGCCCGAGAGCUUGCGCGAUGGCGUCUAUGCCAGCUCCAGUGAUGUAUUCAGCUACGGCGUUGUUCUCUGGGAAAUGGCGACACUCGCUUCUCAACCCUAUCAGGGCCUGUCUAAUGAGCAAGUUCUUCGCUAUGUAAUAGACGGUGGGAUCAUGGAGAGACCAGACAAUUGUCCGGAAGUGCUGCACAAGCUGAUGCAUCGUUGCUGGCACCACAGGCCAUCGGCCCGGCCAUCGUUCCUGGAAAUCAUAGAAUACCUACUGCACCUUUCUGAUUCGAGAUUUAAGGAGGUGUCCUUCUAUCAUUCCGAGGCGGGUGUUCAGUACCGGGAAAAAGAGAGCAAGGAGCGGAAUCAAAUGGAUGCCUUUGCGGGGGCUCAUUUAGAUGCCGAGGCUGAUGGUGAGGAUGCAACCACGCCGCUGCGUGUGGGUGAAUAUCAGGGCUACAAGUCGAACAUGGAUCACAACAGAUCGCUAGAGCAGCCGGCGGAGAGUCCCAUUGCCCUAGUCGACGAUCAGGCUACGACGCAUUCACCCUUUAGCAUGCAUUCUGGCUACAUAGUGAGCAGCACACCGGAUGCGCUAUGCACGCUGCCCACUGCUGGUGGCUCGCACAUGGAGGAUACUGCAUAUGUUCAACCGGAUGUGGAUGGGAAUGCAGAUGCGGAUGCAAACACAUAUGGUGAACGGGGCUACGAACUGUACGAUCCAAGUCCCAACUUUGCUGACUUACCACAAAGCGGCAGUGGCCGAUUGAGCGGCGAGCAGCAUCUGCUGCCCAAAAAGAAGCGGGGUGGCGCAAACAUUAUGUCGAAUAUGAGCAGCUCUAUGCCGGACGAGGAAAUCAGUGGGAGUGUUGGAGCCAGCGGUAUUGCCUCCUCCUCGCUGCAACCCUCAACUGCAUCAGCGGCCAGCUCGAGUGCGAGCAACAGUCGCCAUCCGAGCCUGAAGCGUGUGCUGGUGGACACCUUUCGUCGCUUGAAUGUAAAGCGUGGCGACAGCAACGAUAGCCACAGGAGCAACAUUUCAAAUAUGGCAAGCAACAGCAGCAACUCGAAUCUAACAAGCCACUCCGCGGGCCUGGCCAUGAUGUCCAUGGGCAGCAAUCUAGGCACCAUUGAGAGCGGGGGCAGCGGCAGUGCAGGCAGCUAUGCGGGCACACCCCGAUAUUACACGCCCACGGCGACUACACCCAGUGGUGGGGGCAAUGGCAGCACCACCAUUAUUAGCGACAAUCCCAAUUAUAAACUGCUGGAUGAAUCCUUGAAUAGUGGAGAAAAAGUGCACUCGGCUUGGCCGCCAACUAAGCUAACCACUAGUAGUCUGAAUCCCAACUAUGAGCUUAUGCAGGCGCCCGCAGCAGAAGCGGUAGCAGCGCCCUUCAGCAUGCUAAGCGACAAUCCCAACUAUAUGCUGAUGAGCGAACCCAAGUCGGGAUCUGGACAGGAUGAAGUCAUUAGCAGCGCGAAUCCCAUCUAUGCGGCUACAAUAGGUCCUGGGCAUAUCGAAUCCGGCAGCUCCAAUGAAGAUGAAAAUGACAACGACGAGGACGAAGAGGAAGACGAUGAGCACACGGAGCACAUUAAAAUGGAGCGCAUGCCGCUCAGUCGACCAAAGCAGCGCGCUCGCAUCAAAUCGCAGCAACAGCCGUCGCGCAGCCGUAGCGUCAGUCAAACGCGCAAAACACCGACAACAGCACCCACGUCGACGUCGACGUAUCCAACAGCUGCUGCUGCGGCGACGACCUCCAAUACAUCCAAUAUACUUAAGGAAAAUUGGUUAAGGCAGCCGAACACAACACGACCACAGCCACCCAAUGGUUUCAUAGGACACGAAGCGUAGAACAAAGAGCGCAUGUGUCGAGAGGAUUUUGUAAAUACAUACAUGUAUAUGUAGCAAUUAGUAUAGAAAUAUGUUAGUCUUGGACGGAGGGAUUGGGUGAUCGGAGGAACUCAGAACAAGAGAGGGGAAGAGCCUGUGUGUGCCUACUGCUAAAUAUUUGAAAAUAACUCGAAUUGUGUACGAGAGCAAAAACGCACAGCUUGAGCGCCACUGCGUUGGCGUUAAUGGGUCAAUAUGCCCCAACAUGUGUAAAUCAUGGUUAGCAUUAAGGCCGCCAGCAAACUUUUGCCCGCAGCCAAGUCUCCUAAUAAUUUAUUAUGAGCUUGAUUUUGUAUAUAUUUGUAUUUUUUAAGUACAUCUUUUAUAA